ACAUUUCAACCGACAACUGAGCAAAAUGUAAACAUUAAAACUUUAUCACUGUUUUCUUUCUAUAGUUAAUUAAUAAGGCUUUAUUGGAUUUUGUCGUGUGUUUUUCUAAAAGUCUAUCAACUAUUCCAUUUAUUUUAUUCAAAUCUAAAUAGUGAAUUUGAGUGAUCGUGUUUAUUCUAAUAUGAACAGUUUUAAAGUUCUGUUUACCUUGGCAUUUUUCGUUUGUUUACUCGAAAGAGUAAAGCUUUUAGAUAAUGGAUUGGCAAGAACACCCCCAAUGGGGUGGAUGUCGUGGGGCUACUAUAUGUGUGGCGACAAUUGUUUGGACCAACCACACAAAUGUCUUGAUGAAGAAUUGAUUCUAUCUGUAGUGGAUACAUUCUACAAUGAUGGUUAUCAAGAAGCGGGAUAUGAGUAUAUUGUAAUAGACGACUGCUGGUCCGAACGCGAACGAGAUAGUGAUGGUAGACUGGUGCCAGAUAGAAACAGGUUUCCGCACGGAAUGAAAUUUAUUUCUGAUUAUAUUCACUCUAAAGGUCUUAAAUUCGGAAUGUACACGAAUGUAGCAAAUAUAACAUGCAUGCAUUAUCCCGGUUCGAGAGGAUAUUUCGGUAUCGAUGCUAUGACGUUUGCGGAAUGGGGGGUUGAUUACAUCAAAGUUGAUGGGUGCUUUGUAGAGGAAAGCUUUUUAAAUACUGCAUAUAUAAAAUUUGGACAUUACCUUAACAAGACUGAACGACCUAUUGUAUACUCAUGCAGUUGGCCUUAUUAUAUAGAAUUCAAACAUAAUAAAACUCCUGAUUAUUCAAAGGUGUCAGCUCACUGCAAUCUGUGGCGAAACUAUCACGACGUGUACACAUCUUGGCCGUCAGUUAGAGAUAUUGUAAACCAUUACAAGAUGGCGUAUUCUACAUUAUAUCAACACCACGGACCUGGAGGAUGGAAUGACCCUGAUAUGUUAAUAAUCGGUACGGAAUCACUAACAGAGAGUCAAAGUAGAAUACAGUUAUCAGUAUUCGCAAUGCUGUCUGCCCCAUUACUGCUCAGCUGCGAUAUGACCAAGAUAACUGAAUACGAGAGGUCUUUGCUGCAGAAUUUGGACCUUAUAGCUAUCGCACAAGACCCUUUGGGUAUUAUGGCACAGCCUUACGAGCUUACAUAUUUUAUAACGCUCUGGGUAAAGAAACACCUGCCUAUGAAAGGUGACAAAUAUCAUUCCUUCUCUUUCGCACUUGUCAAUUUAUACAGGAGGAAUUUCACCGUCUCUUUCACUCCUGGUAGUUACGGUUUACAAUCUAAAGAUGGUUAUACUGUUAUGGACGUAUUUACAGGAAAUUAUCUAAGGAACAUAACUUUAGAGGACAGUAUUAUAGUAACUGUGCCUUUUGAAGAUGUUAUUUUGUAUACUCUGUACGCAUUAUAAAAAUCAAC